CUGGAGAUCAUUCUGGUAGGAAGCUGCGGUACGUUUGACAUAAAACCAGAGCUGAGAUGAACAAACCGCCUUUCUGCCAGUACAGCAGCUCAGGAUGGAGGUAACAGCUCUCUGCGCCGUCGUUGUUUGUCUGAGACUCUUUCCCAGCAGAUCCCAGUUCUUCCAGUAUGAAUCUUUGACUCUGAGCUGUGAGGGAAACUGGUCUGAGUUUAGAGUCAGAAGAAUUACACCAAAACAAACAACUGAACUCUGUCUCCAGUAUUCAACUCACAUUGAUAAAACCGAAUGCUUCUUUUCUGAGCUGUAUGAACACGACUCAGGAGUUUACUGGUGUGAAUCUGCAGCAGGAGAACACAGCGACGCCGUUAACGUCAGUGUAACAGAUGAACCUUUGAUCCUGGAAGGACCUGAACAUCCAGUUAGUGAAGGAGAAAAUCUGACUCUUCACUGCAGAUUCAGGCCACCAUUAUCCUCCGGUCUAACUCGUUUCUAUAGAAACGGGGUUCUGGUCGGGAGCGGCUCUACGGGACGGUUCACCGUCCGGAGCGUUUCUAAAUCUGAUGAAGGAUUUUACAAAUGUAACGCCUCUGGAGUCGGAGAAUCAGCCGAAACCUGGCUGGCAGUAAGAGGACGCAGACCUCAGACGUUUACUGCUGCCUUCGCACACAUUCUGCUUCCUGCUGCGGUCGGCUGUUUUCUGCUGAUCAUGAUGUUGCUGCUCUGCGUCGGGAGAAACCACAAAGUGUCAGUGGACAGCGUUGUGUCCUACACCGUCAGCGUCACACAGGAAGGAAAAACUCACCGAAUCAUAGAGCCUCAGAACGAACCAGUUCUAGGACGGGUUCAGUACGUCAGAGACAGACAGACGGAAGGACGGCUCAGGACUCAGGACCAUCAGUCCAGACUCGAGACUGAAAACCCCAGAGGCUCUUUAUGAAAAGACCUGGAUAAGAAGGCUGGUGGAGGCUUCUGGUGGGUUAGAGCAUCUAAUAAAGACUUCCUGUUUCUCCCAGCUGUGAUCUGAGAGCUUUCUUAGAAAUCUGACACUUGUUUCUUUGAGAUGCUUCUGUAUCUGGUUACAUUCAAGUACAUGCUUCAUUUUAAGGUGGUAAAACAUAAUGCUAGUAUUUCCUCUCUUCCACACACUUUGCAGAUUACAUUUUUCUCCUCCUGGUUUUACUGUUUAAGCGACGGGGUAAUUUAAAGCCCAGACGUUGUUAACUCUGUACAUGGACCUGCGAGGUCGCAGUGUGCUGCACUUUUACACACUUUUACUGUGUGGUUUCAGAAAGACCACCAUCCAAUCACCCCGCAACACAGAAUAAAGUCGAUAUUUACAGGCAAAAAAAAAAACAAAAAACUUCUCAGAUUUAAUUAUGACUUAAUAAA